AUGACCUGGCGCUGGCCGACCCAGCCACCGCCCGUCUCGCAACGUGCCGAAUCGCCGACGAAGAGCUCGAUUGCGGAUCAGACCACUCCCCCCUCCACGUCGAGCUCGAUCUGAGUACUCCCCCCUCCACGUCGAGCUCGAUCUGAGUACUCCCCCCCCCCCACCCCCAACACCCCCCAGGUUCAAGUGGGACUUCAUCGACAUCGAUGCCGCCCUCGAAACCUACGCCAACCAGAUUCUCGACCGAGCCCCGCUCCCCCCGCUCCAAACCACCCGAGAAAUCGAAGAGGAAGUGCUGUCGUUGCAGCAGGACCUCAUCUGCGUUCGUGACGCCUCAGUCCCCCGCACCCGCGGAGGCAUCCCGAACAAGGCGUUCAUCAAGCCCUGGUGGACGCCCGCCUGCACCGAAUCCACCAGCGCAGCGCGCAAGGCCCGAAAUCGGCUGAACCGCGCAGGUGCGACCGAAGCCGACAAGGUGGCAGCCCGUGUCGCCACGAACAAAGCCAAAGCAACCCGCCGCCUAGCCGAGCGAAUGUACUGGGACGUCAGGCGGGAAAAGAUGACCGCCAACGACGUCUUCAAGGAACUCCAGGCAGCAAAAGGAGGCCACGGACCAGCCCUUGUCCCCGACCUCGACCGAGGAGAUAACACGGUUGCCAAGACUCACAACGAAAAGGUGAUCCUCUUGCGCGAUCUGUGGUACCCUCGAUUACAACCCAAAACACCAAGUGCGCCCAGGACGAGGGCCUGUCCUGGAUCACGCCAUCACGCUCCGGCCGCCCCGCAGCGGUCCGUUGCCGGUGCGACGUUCCACGUGCCGGAUGAUCGGCCCGAUCAUAGCGUCAGUUACAGCGAUCACGAUGACGCUACAACUUCGUCGUCGGAGAUGGAGGAUGAAACCGAGGAGAUGCCCGAGAGCAUGAGCGAGGAUGGGCGCAGCGGUAGCGCGGACGAGAGUCGAGACGGUGACGACGAGGCGGAAGGAGACAGAGAGGCGAAGCCCAGCUCGGCGCGCGCGACAUUCUCACAGGCGGCGCCAUUUUCGAGCCCAAGUCCCGAGGCGCGAGCGGCGGCAGCACGAACGAGCCAACUCUCAAGGCACGGCAAGCUCUCAGGUCAACAGGAGAAGGAUGGUGUGUCAAAGGUUGUUCGUAUUGCGAAGGUGGCCCCACCGCCCAAGCUCUACAACCCCUUACCACCGAGCCAAAAGGCGGACCCGGUGUCAGCGCCGAGCGCGCGCCCCUCCUUGUCCACGCCAUCAUCGCAGCGAUCACAGCAAGAACCGACGCCCCACGCCGAGCUCGAGCCGGACCCAGCGGCUGCACACGCAUGGGAAGAGCGCAUCAGCCACGCCGAAGUCCUGGCCGUCUUCACCGACCCCAAAAACUCACAAUCGGUUGGCGUUGACAGCAUUCCGUAUUCGCUCGUGGUGGCUCUGUGGCCGCUCGUCGGUGACCGAGUCGUCAAUCUGUACCAACGGUGCUUAGCGCUCGGCUAUCAUCCCAAGGCAUGGAAGGAAUCACUCACCAUGGUUCUCCGAAAGCCCCACAAGCCGUCGUACAGACAACCUAACGCGUAUCGGCCCAUUGCGUUGCUAAGCUGCCUCGGAAUAGGGUUGGAAAAAGUUGUCGCACGCCGGUUAGCCUGGAUCUCCGAGCGCUACCAUCCCCUUCCGCAAGAGCACUUCGGUGGCCGAUCCGGAAGGUCGUGUGAGGAUGCACUGACUCUGUUCGUUGAUUCGAUCAAGCUCCGGUGGCGGGAGAAGCUGACCGCUGCCGCGGUGCUGCUCGACGUCAAGAGCGCAUUCCCAUCAGUCAAAGCCGACCGACUGAUCCAGAACCUCCGCGAUCAUCACGUACCCGCUCCGAUCAUCGCCUUUGUGUCAUCGUUCAUGGACAAUCGCUCCGUACAAAUCCUGUUGGGCAACAUCCGGUCAGAGUCAUUUUCGGCAGACGGGUGCGGACUCCCUCAAGGCUCACCCCUUUCCCCCAUUCUAUUCCUCUUCUACAACGCCGGGUUGUUGACGUCUCUCCGCUCGAAUCAGUCGAUGUCAAUUGGCUGGAUUGAUGACGUCGCAAUUUUGGUGUGGGGGAAGACGAAGGACGAGGUAGCCGAGGCCGCGAAUGAGGCAAUGCGCAAGGUCGAGGCGUGGUCAGCUUCGCACUCGGCGCAGAUGGAUCCAAACAAGUCGCACGUGCUCGAACUCACACAGCGAAUGGGGAAUGCCCUGCUUCCACCCAUUCGGCUCCUUGACACGACGAUCCCGCGGUCCGAGACGGCAACACUCCUCGGUGUGCGACUUGACGACAAGCUUCGAUUCCACGCGCACGUCUCCGGCUCUGCCGAGCGCGGCAGCGCGGCGCUCAAUGCCCUGCGAGCCCUGUCAGGAUCAAGGAGGGGUAUCAACGCUCGGUACAUUCGUCAAGCUGUGAUCGCAUGUGUCCAUCCUCGACUCGACUACGCUUCGACGGUGUGGUUCAAGCCCGGACAGACAAAGGACCUCGUCGCCAUGCUCGAGCGCGUUAAUGCUGAGGCUGCAAAACUCGGGCCGGGUCGGACACGUGACACCAAAAGCACGGGCCAUGUUGAGUGA